UAAAUGUCAGUUUUGCAGGUAUCUAGGCUUGAAGUCAGCCUUCAGAAACCUCUGCAGGUGUCUCGAACAGACAUAUUACUUCAUAUCAGGUUGCAUGCAGAUAUUGGUACCUUCAAUUCCCAGUUGGCAGUUUAAUGUCUUUCCGGGAAACGUUUGGAAUAUUAAGUUUUUCUUUCAUUCUACCUUUAGGCAGGCAGUGUCUGGGCUUUAACACUUUAAUCCUGCAUUGCUCACAACGUGAAUAGAUAAACAAAUAAAUGACAACAAUAGAAAUAAAGAUAUGUAAGGUAAGUGAACUUGGUAUCAGGGCUGACAACGAAAUGGCUUAAGAUGUAUAAAUGAAGGCAAGCCCCGAGGAUCAAGCACGUCAUACAGCAAUUAAAGAACAAAGGCAAAGGCAAAGACAAGAACGCAGUUAAAUAUCAGGCUAAGACAGAUGCCAGUGGUUUCAUUUUCUGGCAGGUGGAAAGGAAUACUGUUAAUGUCUUUGACUGAGAGCUUUAAGAUUUGACGCGAUUAAAAAAGAAACGUUCCUAAUGUGUAUGUUCAGCAGCUGUUUGAAUUAUUAAAAUAACUAAGUACAGGAAGUUGAAACUUGGGAAUAAUCGUCUUAAAUCAUUGACUGUGGAUCGUGCAUUUUGACAAAGACAAGUGCAUCUUCUUCCCGACAUGACAUUUCACAGAUCACUAAAUUUUACAGGGGAAAGGAGGAAGAAACGAAGAAUCGUCAUGCUCUUGGUCAUGGCUUUAUAUGUAAUCGUCGUUGAUGCACAAAUUGACUGUGUCCAUGUUGAAUCUCUACAUGAAUAUCCUCGAGCUCCUUCCAUGUCGCUAAACAUUUUGGAAUUUCCGGGUGAGGACGUCCUUCCAAUUGGCUACGACAUAACAAUCAUUUGCACCAGUAACUCUUCAAAGGAGGGAAGUCAUCAGGCUGCUCAACCUUAUUCGAUCCAAUACUAUUACAACGAGAACUACGAUGACUAUAUAAAGGAUUGCGAUGGCAGCGGAGAAUCACUGGUAUGAAAGCUUUUCAUUCAAAAUGCCAGGAAGAGCAAUUCCGGUAAAUAUGAAUGCGUGUCAGAGAAUAGCAUGAGAUGCACAAAGGAUAAACUCACAUUGAAAUUUAAAGACCCAUUACCACCACUUUUCAAUGUCGAUCUUCCAAGUCAGAGAUACUUUUCCGCGGGAAGUAAAGCGAACCUAAGUUGUCAUGCGUCAGGAAUCCCCCGCCCAGUCAUCACCUGGUUUAAGGAUGGUCAUCGCAUGCCAAGCUUUUCUGUGAAGCAAGUUAGAGGUCACUCCAUACUAGCUUUAGACUCCGUUCGCCUGAACGACCAAGGCAAGUACUGGUGCGAGGCUAACAGCACCGAAGGCUGGAACAGAUCAUCUAGUGUGAGUUUAACAGUCCUGUGGAAACCAGUUUUUAGAAACCACCCCCAAUCGACUUAUGCCUACGUUGAUGCAAGGGUUGCAACAGUAACCUUAUCCUGUGAAGCAGAUGGCUUCCCACAUCCUGUAAUUGGUUGGUUAAAUAACAACUCGUCAGUUAUAAAUGGCACCGUGGUUCAAAAUGGAAGUGUUUCGACGCUGGUACUUAACUUUACUAAAACAACAGAACAGUUGCAGAAGUACCGCUGUGUUGCCAGCAAUUCAAUAGGGAGCACACUUUCCAAGGAAGUGACGGUAACGAUCUCAGUUCCAGAUAUGAUGGAGCCCUCUUUUUAUCUCCAUCCUAAGAGUAUCUUGGCAUCACGUGAUGACACCGUGAAGCUCACGUGUGGUGCCCGGGGCUUGCCACGUCCAAACAUCACGUGGCUUAAAGAUGGGAUUGCAUUUACUGACGCUAGCGUUACAGUAAUUCAAAGCAAUCUAAACGAAAGUUCCGAGCUAAUUAUGAAGAUUAUAUCUGUAAAUGAGAGGCACAUUGGAUAUUACUCUUGUCUGGCAACAGCUUUGAAAGCCCAGGUUUCAUCGAGAUAUGCAAUUCUUUCAUUAAAAGGCAAGUACGUCGACGAGUUUAUGAUUUGAUGCAGUUGUUCCAGGUGUACCUCAAGCCGCUGUUAUUGGUUGAUUUGUCGUCACCUAAGGAUUGGAAAAAAAAAAAAGUAAUCAAAAUUAACUUAACAAAAGAAAUGGGGUAUUGUUUCCCAUCAGUGAUUACAAUGUGACAGAAAAAGGCGUAAUAUGUUCAACAACA